GUAGAGAUAAACCUGUUGACGUGACGCCUAUGUAGGUCGAGUUAAAUUUUUAUUUGGGCAGGUCUAGAACUCCAAAUUCCAGUUUGCCACAUUUUUUAUCAAUAAUUGUUACUAAAUGAUGUGAUUAAGUUUAGAAAUAUUCACCUAGUUUUCUUUUUAGUUUUGUAUUAUAGUUAUUUGUAGUGAUAACAAUUUUUAAAGUUGUGAAUAUGUCGAUAAUUUUAAGUGAAGUUGCGUUCCUGAAAUCAUGGAAAUUUCCUGCUAAACAAUUAUUGCACACAAGAACUUUUGCAUCCAGUACACUUACACAAAGCCAAGAUUCGAAUAAUUAUGACAUCGCUAUUGUCGGAGGAGGAAUUGUUGGAGUUGCCACAGCUAGGGAAAUUAGUAAUAGGAACUCAAAAUUGCGCAUGGCAAUACUUGAAAAAGAAAAAACACUUGCAAAUCAUCAAACCGGCCACAAUAGCGGAGUUGUACAUGCUGGAAUAUAUUACAAACCUGGUUCUCUGAAAGCGAAGUUAUGUGUAGAAGGUUUACAGUUAUCCUACAAAUACUUCGACUCUAAAAAUAUUCCCUAUAAGAAAUGCGGAAAACUGAUAGUUGCAACAGAUAAAUCACAAGUUGAAAAACUACAAGAACUUCAUAAACGAGGUAUAGAAAACAAAGUACCGGGCCUACAAUAUUUAAAAGGAGAAAAGGCAAUUCAAGAAAAAGAGCCACUUUGUAAAGGUUUAGAAGCAUUAUGGUCUCCGGAAACUGGAAUUGUAGAUUGGGGUUUGGUUACUCAGUAUUUUGCGAAAGAUUUUCUUAAUCAAAAAGGAGAGAUAUAUAAUGAUUUUCAGGUAAAUGGAUUCCAAGAAUCAGGAGAUCCAAACUAUCCGAUUAAAGUAACUGGAAACGAUCAAAAAACUGUAAACGCAAAAUACGUACUUACAUGUGGAGGAUUACAAUCAGAUCGGUUGGCAGUCAUGUCUGGCUGUUCCUCAAAUCCAAAAAUAGUACCAUUCAGAGGAGAAUAUUUGCUAUUGAAACCGGAAAAAGCCGCACAGAUUAAAACUAAUGUUUAUCCUGUACCCGAUCCCAAUUUUCCCUUUUUGGGUGUACACGUGACGCCCAGAAUAGAUGGGGCUGUUUGGUUGGGACCAAACGCUGUGUUGGCGUUCAAAAGAGAGGGAUACACAUGGAAAGAUAUAUCGCUCGGUGACCUCUCGGAAACACUUUUCUAUCCAGGAUUCAUGAGAUUGGCCCUUAAAUAUUUAAUUCCAGGAUCAGUGGAGAUGAUCAAAUCACGAAUUAUUAAUAUGCAGCUAAGAGAUGUUCAAAAAUUCAUACCAUCGAUCUCUAUAAAUGACGUGCAGCCUAUGAAGAGACCAGCAGGAGUUAGAGCCCAAGCAUUGGAUGUUAAAGGUAAUUUAGUUGACGACUUUGUAUUCGAUCUAAACCCAACAGGUAGUCCAGUAUCCAGCAGAAUUUUACAUUGUCGAAAUGCUCCUAGUCCUGGGGCGACUAGUUCUCUGGCUAUUGCUAAGAUGAUUGCUGAUAAGUGUGAAACAGAGUUCAAACUAAGUCAAGUUGCUAAAUAAUUAAGAAUUUUUAUAUUGUAAUUAUUUCAUUUAUACAGGUAUACUAAGAUAUAUAAAACCACAUACAACACAAUGCAUUAAUUAAAUUUUAUAUUUUUUCUAGUCUUUAUUCGAAAUAUAAUUAAUAUAUUAAACUGCUCGUCAAAAGUUAGGGAUACCUAUAGAAAAUUAUGCUCAUUUUCAUAGCUGUUUUUUCGAGAACAGAUUAAUCUCUAUUUAUUUAUUAUUUUGGUAUUUUGUAAAAGUUUGCUCAAACUUCUUUUUUGUACUUAUAUCAGGUGGAAGAAAAAACAUGUUUUUGUUUGUUGAAUGGUAAGUUUGAGGCGCCCUGUAUAGAGGACGAGGUACAAGUGUGAGUAUUCAUCAGAAUCGUAUUGUAGCCUUAUGUUUUGUAAAUAUUUUGUUUUUUGAAUGUCCCUGAUAUCUUUAGAAACAAAUAAAAUAGACGGUUUUGUAGUUUAACAUGUAUUUUAACCGAAACAAAAGUUUGAGAAGCCUUGUAGGGAGGAAAAAGAAACAAAGGUGGAAACAAAGAAAUAUCUUUCGAUAUUAUGUUGUAGUCUCAUAUUUUGCGAAUAUUUUAUUUUUUAAUUUCGCUCAUAUCUUUAAUAACAAAGAAACUAGACGGUUUUAUUCUUUGGUAUGUGUUUUAACUGACGACAUGCGAUACGUGAAGAGGCCAUGUCUUGUCAUGCCACUAAGAUAAAAUUAUUUUCUACAUAUAGUGCGAAAGGAACAGAGUGUUUAAAGAAAAAAAAUGUGUAAUGUACCUCUCACUAUUUAAAGAGCCUCCACGUGGACACCAAAUCCGUACUUAUUCUCAAGGAAAUUCCGCCCCAAAACAUCACAGGGCCUCCAUUAAACAAUCUCGUCUCUCUUAUAUUACGCUGUGCAUACCGCUUAUCUGGUCGACAAAUAACUCGUAUAGGUGUCGAUAAGAAUUGUUUACCUUAUGUGCCUUUCUGUUUUUAAAGUUUUGUUAACUGUUAUUUUUUAUUGUUGAUUUAGUUUUGUUUCAGUUAAAACACCUGUUAAAGAGUAAAACCACCUCUCUUCUUUGUUUCUAAAGAUAUCAAGGACAUUCAAAAAAGAAAAUGUUCAUAAAACAUAAGACUACAAUAAGAUUUCGGUGUAUCGGUACAUUUGUGCCCCGUCCUCCCUACAGGGUGGCACAAACUUAACAUAAAAAACAGUUCUUUUCUUCCAUCCGGUAUAAGUACAAAAAAGUAGUUUGAAUAAACCUCUGUACAACUGUGUAAAUACUAAAGAAAAAUCUAAAAUAAUAAAAAAAAAUAGCGGAAUCCGUUAAUCUGUUCAGAAAAAAAAAUCAACUAUGAAAAUAAGCAUAAUAUUCCAUAUCCCUAACUUUUGACGAGCAGUUUAUAUUAUGCUAUACUCAAAGGUAAUAUAUUUAAUUAUAUGUUGUUUAAAUAAAAAUUUAUUUUACUUUA